AUGGAUCAUAAAGUUCUCCAUGGAGAAGUGAGAAUUAGAAUUCGUGAUUACUGGAUUGCAGUAAUUGGUGAUUCAUUUGCUUCUGGAGAAGGUAAUCCGGAUGUUCCAGUUAAUGCACUCGAGAAAACAAUGGCAAAAUGGCUUUCGAAUCGAUGUCAUCGAAGUUCUCGAUCUUGGGCUUAUAAAGUAUACGAAUGGAUGAGUGAUAGGGUGGUAGAAGAGAGUGCGGUACAUUUCACCUAUCUGCCAUGUACAGGAGCAUCUGUUGAUAAUGGAAUUUUGGUUUUAUUUAAUAAUACAUCACAAAUCAAUGUGUUAGAACAGAUAACACUUAUAAGAGGUGCCGGUCCGGAUUUGUUGAUGAUGUCAGUUGGCGGUAAUGAUAUUGGAUAUUCCGAAAUACUGUCAACUCUAAUUGGAGGCCCAAUAGGUUCAUUAUUCUCUACCAUUGAUAUGCGCUUCUUCUACACAUCAUAUCAGCUGGAUCGAGUUGCUAAAGCAAUUCAAGAAUUAAAACCUAAUCAGGUUAUCGUACCGCAUUACUUCGAUCUCACACGCAACGAACGUGGCAUGGUGGACGCUGAUUGCGCUGACAUGCGACAAAUAAGCACCGAAAAUUUAAUAUUGGCAGAAAAAAAAAUUUUGCAACGAAUUAAUGGAUUGAUAACGAAAAAAUCGAAGCAAUACGGUUGGACAGCGAUUGAAGGUGUGGCUGAAUUAUUUCGAUCACGCGGUUGUUGUUCAUCCAAUUCACUCAUCAGAAGCAUACGAGACUCAAUUCAAUUACAAGGUAAUAGUUUUGGAGCAUUUCAUCCCAUUGAGGAAGCUCAUCAACAAAUUGCCGAUUUGAUUGUUAAACAAGUACAACAAUUCGAUAAUUAA